GCGGACUGGCCCGACUGGGCUCGGCCCCGGCUCACCACCACCUGGCCAGGUCCCCUGCGCACCGGCAUGGUCCGCACCUCCGCCAUGGCCCCCAGCUACGGCGCCCGCUUUGGGGGGUACCCCGAGAGCCGUAGCCCCGUGCCCUUUCCCCGCGAACCCUGGAAGGUCUGCGUCAAUGUGCACAGCUUCAAACCCGAGGAGCUGACGGUCAAAACCAAGGAUGGCUACGUCGAGGUGUCAGGCAAACACGAGGAGCAGCAGGUGGAAGGAGGGAUCGUCUCCAAGAACUUCACCAAGAAAAUCCAGCUGCCCUAUGAGGUGGACCCCAUCACCGUCUUCGCCUCCUUGUCGCCAGAGGGGCUGCUGAUCAUCGAGGCACCCCAGAUUCCCCCCUACCAGCAGUACAGCGAGGGCGGCUGCGGCAGCGAGAUCCCUGUGGAGAGCCAGGAGGCCACGUGCGCCUGACCGCCCGCCCUGUCCUUCCUGUGCCCCGGCCUCCCUCCUCCCCUUUCCC